ACUCAAAAGCGACGUCGCUUCGAAAAGAGUCUGAAACUCCUCUUUCCGUUGGUAGGAGAAAAGCUUCCGCGCCUGGACUUCAACAAGCAAUUCUCACCAGGUACGUUUUUAAAGAGCUUUAUAGUGGACUGAGAUGGAUACAUCACAGAAUGCAACAGCUGCAACCGGUGGGAGUGGAGGAAACGGGGUUUUGGUCCCUCAAACGAAUGAUAUAACUGGAGUAACAGUGGUGGAUGAUCCAAAGCAAAACCUGAACGAGGUCAAUAACUCUAUUCAGAAAAUUUUGGGGCUCAUUCACCAGCUCUACCUCACUGUCUCUUCGUUCAAUGCCGCCUCUCAGCUCCCCCUCCUCCAACGCCUAAAUGCUCUUGUUAUUGAGCUUGACAACAUGGCUAAGUUGUCCGAAAAAUGCAAUAUCCAGGUUCCUAUGGAAGUUUUUAAUUUGAUUGACGACGGGAAGAAUCCUGAUGAAUUUACAAGGGAUGUCAUUAACAGCUGCAUUGCCAAAAAUCAGAUCACUAAAGGCAGAACCGAUACCUUCAAGAAUUUACGCAAACAUCUUCUGGAGGAACUUGAAGAAACAUUUCCUGAUGAAGUUCAAUCUUACAGAGAAAUACGUGCUGCAUCUGCUUCUGAAACAAAACGGCUUGCACAAGCACAAAGCAUAUUACAGAAUGGGGAUAUGAAGGUCAAACCGGAGCCUUAAAUGUGUGAUUUGUUUAUGUGUCAUGUUCUUCGAGUCCACGUCUUACCAAUACCAUGCUUGUAAUCUGAUGGGAUGUGAAUUCAAGAAGCUCUCAUGCAUGAGUGGUUGAAUAUCACAUUUCCAAUUGCUUACGAAGUUCUUCACCUUUUCAUGAUUUUAGUGAUUAAGGAUCCCUUUGAAUAUUAGUUUCUACACUUGUUAUAUGCUCUGGGACCUGUCAAUUUCCUCUGUUAUAUAUAACUAAAGUUUGUAAACAAGGAA